AUGAUCUCAAAACUUGUGCUGUGUGCAUUGCUCUCUGUGCGUGUCGCCGCUGCACCUGCAUCUGCUCCUGUAGCUGCUGCGGCCAAUCCGACCAUCAUAAUACCUGCUGGCGUUGUGGUCGGCACCGUCGCCCGAGUGUCUUCGCAGCCGUCCAACACCAACAUAGCCAACGCCUACCUGGGCAUCCCAUUUGCCAGUCCACCAGUCCGAUUCGCUCCACCAAGUCCUCCCCGGCCGUUCCAGACCCUCCAGGCGCAGAAUCUUAUGCCAGCUUGUCUCCAGCAAGGAGCUCCCAAAGGCGGCAGCGAGCUCAUCUCGAAUGCUUUCUACGAUGUCCUAUUGGACAAUCCUUCAGUCGAUUCUGAAGAUUGCUUGUACCUGAAUGUCUACGCACCACGGAAAGCUAGUCUGACAAACCUCAAGGCGGUCUUGUUUUGGAUCCAUGGUGGUAACCUUGAUACCGGAGGUUCAUCGCAGACCAUAUACGAUGGCUCGAGCUUGGCUGUGAAUGAAGAUGUUGUGGUGGUAACAAUCAACUACCGCCUGAACAUCUUCGGUUUCUCAAAUUCGCCAGAAAUACCUCUCAACCAGCAGAACUCGGGAUUUUUGGACCAGCGCUUUGCACUGCAAUGGGUUCACGACAACAUCAAAUCCUUCGGGGGCGAUCCUCAGCGAGUGACUAUCGCCGGCGAGUCGGCUGGAGGCUUUUCCGUCAAACAAUUAAUCGCACAACCUCCCUCGCCUCUGCCCUUUCGUGCGGCCAUCAUCGAAAGUCACGGCAAGAUGUCUCUCGGUAACCCGGCCGACAAUCUCGCCAAAGUGAUUGACCACUUUAACUGCUCCAGCGCUCCAUCCCAUGUCGCCUGCUUGCGCAAGGUGUCCGGUCGAGACAUCCAGUCCUACAUCAUCGACGCAGGACUCUUCUUCGGACCAGUCAAGGAUACGACCAACGUAGAUCAUGAUUCGCUCCCCAGUAUCCAGUCUGGUCGCGCCGCGGAUGUGCCAAUAAUCAUUGGUACCAACGCUCAGGAGCUCAGCUUAUCUUCCGCCUUGUCCGACCUGCAGGCCAAUGUGCUCGCCAAUGUGACCCUCGGUGUCUUUGAUUUAUUUGGUUUGGACAUUUCCGCCGUCCUUAAACCGCUAGAGGUUCUGUAUGACCAAAAGCACAGUAUCUGGCCUUUGCAGAUUUUUGAUCGAAUCCUUACCGACCUGAUUUUCACCUGCCCCACCCACCUCCUAUCCUCCGCCUUUGCCAAGUCUAAGACCCGCCAACAGCCCAUCUGGCGCUAUUUCUACGAAGGCGACUUCCCCAACGCCCGCCUCUUCCCCCACGCCGGCGCCUACCACACCUCGGAAAUCCCCAUGGUCUUCGGCACCUAUCCGCUCCAAAACGCCCUCGGUCCCGUCACGCCCACUCAGAUCGCAAUGAGCGCCGCCAUGCAGCAGAUCUGGGGCGACUUCGUCAAGAAUCCUGCCGCGGGUCCCGGCUGGCCACAGGUGGGAAGCUCGUUCUUUGGGAUCGAACUCGGCGUGCUGGGCGGGCAGAAGCGGUUGGAUGGGAUGACGGUCGAGCCCAUGAUCCAUGCUGAUCUGGGAUGCCCGAUUUUGGAACCACUCAUCCUUGCGGGACAGUUGGCGUACUGA